UAUACAUAUUCGGUCGAGAUAUUCCCGGUCGAGUGGAAUGGGAACACCCUAAGUAAAAAAAUCAACUGGUUAGUCAAUUGACUUUUCAUUUCCUGUAAUAUAAUACGUGCAAAUUUGUUUGCAAUGAUCACCUUUUUGCCUGAAUGUGAAGAAUCGAGCGCCACUUCAAAGUGACAGGCCGGAUAAUCUACAUGAAAAGACGAAGGAAUAAAUCUUCAUUGAUAUCGAGACUAUGGCCUGGAGAAAUAACCUCAAGUGGUCGGUCAGGAAGACAUGGCUUUAUCCAUCCAGAAAUGUCGGUGUGCAAACAUCCCCCUAUCUAGUAAAAGAUACGACCAAAUUGAGCUACAUACAUGGUACUUCAGACAAGCCGUUACUGGGAAUGACUAUUGGUCAGUUACUGCAAUCAAAAGCCAACCUUCACCCUGACAGAGAGGCGUUCGUGUUUCAUAAAGCUGGCGUGAGAUGGACGUAUGGGCAGCUCAAUCAGAAGUGCGACGAGCUGGCGGCAGGAUAUCUGCGCCUCAACAUCGGGAGGGGUGACCGAGUAGCUGUUCUGGCCCCAAACGUCCCGGAGUACAUCUUAUCCCAAUAUGCUUUGGCACGGAUAGGGGCAGUCAUGGUCUGCAUCAAUCCAGGGUAUAAAGAGUGCGAACUUGCAUACGCCCUGAACAAGGUCGGUUGUAAGGCAAUUGUGGCUGCAGAGAGUUUCAAAGCGCAUGAUUACCAUGGGACUCUAUCCGCCAUUAACCCAGAGAUGGAACGCUGCGUACCCGGCGAAUUAGACAGCAAAAGAUGUCCUAAUUUAAAAACAGUCAUAAUUAUUAGUGAAAAAUCACACCCUGGAACGUAUCGGUUCCAAGACGUCCUGGGUACGGGGCACGGGAGUCAUAUAAACGACGUCCACAACCUGCAGUCCAAACUGAAUGUGGAUGAUGGAAUAAAUAUCCAGUAUACUUCGGGCACAACUGGCCAUCCGAAAGGUGUUGUCCUAACCCACCACAAUGUCGUGAACAACGCCUACUUCAGUGGAAAGCGCAUGGGCCACCAUGAAAAGCCCUCACGUCACUGCUCCCCAUAUCCUCUCUUCCACUGCUCUGGCUUGACGUUUGGGAGCCUUCUUGCCGUGGCCAAUGGGGGCACGUUGGUCCUUCCAGCGCCCAGCUUCGACCCCGUAGCCACAUUGGAAGCGGCCGAGAAAGAGCGCUGCGACGCCCUCUCGGCUGUUCCGACCAUGUACAUAGAUAUGCUGAAGCAGGCGAAGAAAAAAGAAUAUGACUUAUCAAGGCUGCAAACGGGGAUCAUAGGAGGUGCACCCGUCCCUGAAGAACUUUCAAUACGAAUUCGAGAAAGGCUCAAUCUGACUGAUCUCACACUUACCUAUGGCUUAACUGAAUGCAGCCCAGCCAUCUUUCAGUGCCCCAUCGAUUGUCCAGUUGAACUAAAACAUAGAAGUGUCGGCAUGCCCGGGGAUCAUGUGGAGGUGAAAAUAAGGAAUGAAAGAGGUGACACGGUGCCGCUAGGAGAGGUUGGCGAGAUAUGCGUCAGGGGUUACAACGUCAUGAAAGAAUAUUGGGGUGAUCCUCAGAAAACCAGGGAGGCGAAAGACGAGGAUGGAUGGUUUUCCACCGGGGAUCUAGGAAAGCUUGAUGAAAAUGGUUACGGCUACGUAAUGGGGCGUAUAAAAGAUAUGGUGAUCAGGGGAGGGGAGAACAUCUACACGGCAGAAAUAGAGCAGUUCUUCCACACCCAUCAUAAAGUUGAUGACGUCCACGUGGUUGGUGUCCCUGAUGAACGUCUGGGCGAGGAACUUUGCGCGUUUGUGCGACUGCACAAGGAUACGACGGCAACUGAGGAUGAGAUGAGGCACUUCGGUCGAAGUCGGAUUGCUCAUUUCAAGGUUCCGAAAUACAUGUUCUUCACCAAAGAAUUCCCAAUGACUGCCAGCAAUAAAGUACAGAAGUUCAGAUUGCAGGAAAUUGCAAUUCGUCUGUUGGAAGAAAAUGACAUUGGCAGAGAACGCACCUCAGGUGUCUGAAAUGAUGCUCCCCUGGCAAGAUGUCUGACAUUAUGCCCUCGACGAUUAUGCCUUUCAGAACUCUUUCGUUGCCGCGAUUGGAGCGAACAGAUGUGUACAUAUAUCUAGUCGGCCUCUCGUGAUGAUUUCAACGCUUUGAAAACAGAAAGGAACUCCAAUCAUUUAUCUUGAUAUUGCAAAACCUCACUAAAAACAAGCACCAUCGUGCCCAAAAGAGAGCGGAGCUAUAUGUCAUAAUUUUGAGGGGAAAGAUGGCAUUCCAACGAGGGCGGCUGGUAACAAAAUGGACAUUGCUGUAAAUGAUUUUGCUUGUUCCCUUGUUACGGGUCUGCUACGGGUUUGCUCAAGACUACCGAGUUCUUACGGGUCUCCCCCGCAGGAAGUCACCUUUGUUUCUAUGCAGGAUCCAGAGACCUUCUUUCUUCAUUUACAUGUAAGCUUACCUUUAGGGUUUUGUUUAUUUAUAUCUUAAAAGGCAUUGUGUAUGAAGUUGGCGAAAAUAAAGAUAGUAUUG